AUGCCUCGUGGAGUUAAAAAACGUGGAAACGCAACAAAAUUCACAAAUGUUCGUCAUAAACGAAGGUACUUGAAGAAGAAGGAAGACAAGAAGCAGCUUUCCAGAAGUACAGUGUAUGUUGAUGUUGGGUUUUAAUAUUUUUACAUUUUUAUUCUAGAAAAGUUAUCAAAGAUUCAUGGAAAACGUCAAAAACGACAAGGGAGAACAUCGUGGACAUGGGUUUAGCCUUCGAUCCGAAUGAAGUUGUACCAAUCCAGCAAGCAAGGGUAUUAUUUUUUAUUUCUGUUAUUUUUUCAUGAUAAAUCAAUUUAGAGAAACAUUAUCGACACUGUUCCAAUGGAAGGUGUUGAUUUCGAGCCGCCAAAAAUCAAAAAAGUGAAAAAAGGAAGACCAGUUGAUAUGAAACAGGUGAAUAGUUUACAAACAAGUCCUUCAUCUUCAUUCUGUUUUUAUUUUUUGAUUUAAAGUUAUAAUUGCUUUUUUCAGGCUAACAGAGUAGUUUCAACGUUAGAAAAAGAUGCCGCAACCUCCGAAGAAGCUCAGAAGGCCCAGGACCGCAAGUUCAAACUUUUCCACCGAGAAACCGAACUCUGCGUCUAUAUGCUGGCCAAGCAUGGUGAAGACUUCGAGGUUUUAUUUUGAACAGCUUUAAAAUAAUUAUUGCACUCUUUACUGUGGGUUUUCAUAUAAAAACAAUUUAGUCGAUGUGCCGGGAUCCGCGAAAUCUGUGGCAAUACACCCCAAAGCAGUGGGCCAAGAAGAUCAGAGUGUACAAAGAUUCACCAUAUUACAAAGUUUUGGAAACCGUUUGA